AUGCGUUCUAUUCAUGUUUUCAAUUUACGUGAUCGAGAAAAUUUAGCUUAUCGAAAUCCUUGCUAUAGUCGAAAUGAACGAUUGACACCAUUUGUAACAUUUACAGAACGAUUGAUUAAUAGUCAGUAUAAAACUGUUUAUACAAACGAUGCGUGUGGUUACAGACAACCUUCUUGUUGUACUAAAGAUAUAAUAAAUUCAUAUUCAACUAGUAUUACUAAUGAAUUAAAGAUUUUGGCUAGAAAAAAAUUCACACGUUUAACAAAUUUAUUAUCGAAUGCACGCAAUCAAAUUGCAUUAUGGGUUAUUGAACAUCUUGGUGAAAUACAGCGUUUAACUGAACAAUCAAUGGAAACUUUGUUUGGUACAUACGAAUAUCGACAUAAUAUUCAUUAUUCAAUUGGACAAUUAUUUGAUUCACUGAAAGCUGAACGGUCCGAUGAAGUUCAUAAACCAAUAACCGAGUUAUUUAAACAUAUGAUCGUUUCUACAUAUCGUCAUUUCAUGAUGAAUGACAAUAAUAAUGAAUAUAAUCAUCGAUUUACAGACGAGUUUCGUUCAUGUUUAAUAACAAAAGGUUUUGAAAUCGAUGUAUUUCCAUCGCAACGUGAAAUAUUGUACAUAUUAUCAAGUAGUUCAACAAUAUUAAAUAUUCUACGUAACAUGUUAACCUAUAUUGAGUCUGAUAUGUAUCGAUUGAAAAACGAUAAUUUAACAAUAUUUAAUGAAAAUUUAAAUGAUUGUACUCAAAAAUAUUCACGUGCGACAUUAUGUCCAAUUUGCUCAUCAAAUAGCAUACAAAGUCCAAUAUGUUAUUCUGACUGUCGCCAAUUUAUUCGGCAGUGUAUCAGUAAUUCAAGCCAAAAUCCGUAUGGAUCAUAUGCAAUGAAAGCAAAAGGAUACGCGAUUAUUUUACAAGAAAUGCAGAGUUCAAUUAUCGAGUUAAACUUAUUGGAACGUCUGUCAAAAUUGCACAUAUAUCUGUAUGAUAUGGUUGCUAAUGCGAUAAAUAAUGCUCAAACAUACAAACAAUUACAAAGUGAAUGUCCAAAUGGAAAUUCUCGUCAAUUUGCACCCAUUAACUCGUUGCCACCAGUCAUGAAUGAGCGUCAAGAACUUGUUAAUAAAUGGAAUACAUCUAUUCAUCGAAUAGUCAAUGAUUUGUCAUCCAAUUUAGAAAAUUUAAAUAUUACGCUCGAAAGUGCUCAAUUAGAUAUAUGUAAAAACAUCAGAUAUGCAACAAAAUCGAAUGAUUGUUCAAAAAUCAACGAUGAUGGAGGAUGGCCAAGUCAAGUGAAACAUCAAGCAGCAACAAUACUAUCUAUAGAAAACAAUAUCAUUGAUUAUACGGAAAAUCAACUAAAGGAAUUGAAUAAAAAAAUGGAAUUAGUAAGUUCGAUCGUCAUUUCGCUGAGACCGAAAAAGAUGCCGUCGAUUAUUGACAUUCCUAACUUUGAAUUUUAUGACGACAGUUCAAAUAACGUUAUUGAAAGAGAAGAAUACGAUGUACCAUCACCACAAUUUGAAAAUAGUUAUAAUAACUUUGAAUUAGACUUACCUAUGAACGAAUCAUUCAGUAAUCAAAUAUAUAAACGAAUUGAAGAAGGCGUAUCAAACAAUAGUGUCAAAAGUCAGACUGCAAUUCAUCACUACAGAAGAAACAGUAAAAAUGAUUUUCUUUUCUGCCACUAUUGUCCUUCUUCAUCUAUGACUCAAUCUUUCUGUAAUUUAGAUCACACUGAACGAUAUUUUUACCCACCGAUGUCGUCAACGCCAGCGAAAAACAACAGAGCAAGCAGUGGUAAAAAAUCAAUCGACCACCCCUCAACGUUGUAUUUUAUUCUUCUUCUAUUGGUCUCGCUUACCGCCAUACAUUUAUCUUGCCUUUUGUAAAACUCCAAAGUGCAGUUUGUAUAAAAGGAGAAGUGAAACUUUAUAGACAAGAAGAGCUUGCGUUUUCGCUUACCUCUCAGCCCCCAUAUUUGAACGGACGGGUGUAAGGAUACUCAUACCUAUCUUAGUAGACUCAGCUUGUCUCAUCAGUAGAAAAGACGUCAUUUUGCACACGCAGCAGAACUUUUAUAUAUUAUUUAAAAGAGUCUCAGUGUCAGUGUAGUAUGACAAACCGGUAUUUUGGGAUCUUUUUCCCUGGUACAGUUUUUCAUUUGUACAGUGCUGCGCGUUACGUAUGUUCAAUGCACUGUACAUACCGAACAAAAACAGAUUGUCUUAUUCAGUCAGACUGAUACAAUUCCCUAGUCGACGUCGAUUACUGCGUACACGUCAGAUGUUUUCCAUUGAACCCGUAGGGUCUACGCCACUAAGCUUUUUUACGAAAAGAAUCUAAAGCAAUAAUUUUCUGAGAAAAAAUAGAGGUACCUAUUUUUCUUUCUCUUUUUCUUGUAUUGAAUCACUCCAAAUACUUCUGAUAUUUGUUUUGUACAAAUCUGUUUGUCCGGUGUUCUCUCAUUUCGUUCAACUCUUCUUUUAUAACAAUUUGUUUUUUUAUGUAUAAACUGAUAUACCUAACACACAUACUAUAAAAUGUAAAAUAAAAUAUAUUUUAUACUAUAUAGACAAAAUAUACCGUAUUAAAAUGCUAUAAAUAGAGGUGACGUUUAAGUGUUACAAUUCAAGCCUAAUACGAGUCCACGAUACAAUAAAGAACAGUACAACUGGAUGGUUAUGAUACUGUGUUGUGAAAAUAGAUGGACGAGUAAAGCAAAGUCCGGAAAAAAAAUUCAGUUUUUUUCGAUCAGCAGUACGUUAACGUUAUGUUCCGAGUAUAUUCCACAACUAAGUUUUAUAAGACUUGUUUAUCAACUUUUUUCUAUUUGUGAUGUCGUCCAAGAUUAUUGAAGUUUUUCUUCUCAGAUUAUUCAAUUUAUGGCUUUUCAUUCCUCCUCCGUUUGAUGUAAAUAUAUGAUCAACUAGCUUCACUAAAUUAUCAAACUACUGCCUAUUUAUUGUUCAUAUACUUAAAAGCUAUUGUAUUCAAAUCUCAGAGCCAGCAAGUGAUCUAAGGAACGGAUGAUUACCUUCAAAGAUUAUCUAGGAUAGUUGCAAGGAAGGCAUCGAGCUAUUCAAACUGACCAAGUCUGCUCUAUCAACGUUCUUCAGAACGCAAGAAAUCAACAAAAAACCGUGAUUUAUUUUCGCUCGAAUUAAUUUUGAAAAAGAUUUGCAUUUUUGGAACGGCUCUUAUUCGUAAAACCUCAUUAGUAGCAGUUUUCAACUAAAAACCCAAGAAAUGAGUUUAUAGCCUCCAGUUUCAGGAGAAACAGUAUGUUUUACUCACUUAACAUAUAUUUUCUUAAUACAUGUACUUUGAAAUUCUUUGGCAAUGGUAGUGAGGAGCCAUCAUAUAAUACCGAAAAACAUAAUAAACGUAGAUAUGGUCAAGACCAUAAUCUAGUCUUAGAACGAUUUUGAAAGUGCUAAAAAGAGUAAUAGAUGGAAGGAAAAAGGAGAAAUUUUAUAGGCUCAGAACUAUUUUAGCUUAUCGCUUAAGGGCUACCUCCUCAGAAAUGGUGAUUUUCAGCCAAAAAAUCGUUUUUUAGAUAAGCACAUGGGAAGAUAGCCUGAAGUGUCUACUUUCAGAAUGUGUAUCGCUUUCGGUUGAGCGAUUUUUCGUGGCUUUCGAGCAAGUUUUCUACGAGCCCCGAAAACCUGGUCUUCAAAUAAUGGUUUUUUCCUGGAUACUUAUGCAAUUAAAUCUUUUUCUGAACGCACAGAUUUGUAGAGCAAACUUUUCUGAUCAAAAUAAGACCUCGCACAACUUUCUAUGGUCCCGCGUCAAAAAGUUACAAGUAUUUUCCUACUAGUACUAAAACUGUCGAGGGAAGGUCCCCAAGUGUUCAAGCCGUUUAGACUUCAUCUUUUGGCCAUAAGUAGACCUCGAUGAGAUAUGAAAGACCUGAAAAGGAUUCAUUCCCUCGUGCCUUCAUUCCUAGGAUAUUGAAUUUUCAAGAUAUCCUAUGAGGAAAUGAGAAUAAAACGAUCUAUGACUAUUUUUUGAGAAUAGUGGAACAUCAAUGGCUGAAGCUUUUUCUUCAGUAUUAUGCGCCCCUUGCACGAUCUAUUUGGAUUUGAGAGCUGGAUAUAACUCUAUCUAUAACGAUUCUAUUCGUUAUUCAUGAGUUCAAAUAGCAUACAAAUUCGUAUGAUGU